CCAGGCUCUGCCAGCGUCCGGGGAUGAGGGGUGUCAGGGAGCUGCGGCCGCAGAGCUGGUUUCUGGACUGCGGAGGAAAUGGGGGCGGCGGAAUGGGCGUGUGUGCACACCCAUGGGGGUGUGUGCAUGUGUGGGAUUGUACAUGCGUGUAGGUGCACUGUCUUGUGUGUGUGUGUGUGUGUGUGUGUGCGCGCACGUGUGCGAUUUCAGAGCCUCCGUGGCCGCGGGACUCCAGGCUGGCCUGGCUCGAGCGAGCUGCAAGUCCAGAUGGCCCCAUCAACGGGUUUGCAUUCUGGGCUAGAAAGCUGGGUAUGUGUGCCCGAGGGAUCCUUCCUGCAGGUGUGCACGGGGUGUGAGUGCCAUUGUGUGUAUGAGACAGAGGCUGGGAGGCAAGUGCCUGAGGCCCAAGUGUGUGUGUAUGGGGUGGAGGGGUCUUUCACCCCAAUGUGGGCCUGUGGCCUCAGGUAUAGAAUGAGAGUGUGUCCCUGCAUGGGUGUGUAUCACCCCGCGUGUGACUGGGGUUGCUGGUGGAGACGUGCCGGCAUUCUCCACCCCUCAGGACGCUGGCGCCCCCUUCUGGGCGCCCUGCUCUGUGUGUUCGAAUGUGGCCUGCCUGUGAGUGAGCUCACAGUUCGACUGUGUAGUAUGGGGCCUGGGUCCGGAGCUCCGGCUGGGGAGGAAGAUGGUCUGCGGAAGGGCUGCACCCGGACCCCUGGGGCCUUCACGGAGGAGGUGGCUUGGGAGCGCGUGGUUCCCAGGCUCAGGCUUCCCGCUGACGCCUCCGGGGCGGCAGCGGGCUCCCCCCACCCCCACCCCGCCCCAGGAAUGUUCUGCACUCUAGCUCGCCUCCCCAAGGGCAGGCCCCUGGGGGUUGCCACAGCCCCGCCUCCCCUCCCGGGAGCCCGGGAGGGGGCGAUGCGGGCAGGACGCCUGGGUUCCUCCCUCCCUCCCAUCCCAGGGAGAAAUUCCUCCGAGGUCCCCUCAGGCUCUGGGUUCCCAAAAUAA